CAUAUCGAUCCGUGCUCUUUAUAAUGAAAGCUAGAGUGUCUCCGUCUAUCUCACUAAAAUUCUCCACUGCUCACAUUCUCUCUCUAGAUCUCUAGACACCAAUAUAAUAAAUUAUACACAUUGUGAGCAGAGAUUGUGAUGGAGAUAAGGUAUUGGCGGAGGUUAAGAGGAUACCAAAGGCUAGAUGGGUCUGCCAAGAAGGCGAACUCGAGUCGGAGAAAUGUGAAGCGGGUCAAAAUGGAUCCGACCCGGAAGAGACGGUUUUGGAGGAUCAAGAUUGUGCCGAAGCUAAGGUUCUUGAAAAAGUCGUCGCCGAAGAAGCUUUUAACGUGGCUUCGAGAUGCUUACGUCAACAUGAUGCUACGCCUAGCGAAUUCUCGGGUCGUCGGGUCAUCGUACGGGUACGGCGAAUAUGGGUACGGGUCGGGUUUGGCGUCGAAGGAGUAUGACGAGAAGAAGCUGGUGGAGAUUUACAAAUCGAUAUUGAUGGCACAGGGGAAUCUCGUGUACCGCGACAUCCAAGACAUGUCCGCUAAUUCUCAUCCUCCAAAUUCCAAAAACGUCCUCUGUAAUGCAGCCGCCGGUGCCGCCGCCGGGGUUGUUGCGGCUACGUUUGUGUGUCCUCUUGAUGUUAUAAAAACGAGGUUUCAGGUUCAUGGGCUGCCAAAGCUCGGCGAUGCAAACAUCAAAGGUAGUCUAAUUGUUGGCAGUCUUGAGCAGAUCUUCAAGAGAGAAGGGAUGCGUGGCUUAUACCGUGGUCUUUCCCCAACUGUGAUGGCUCUUCUCUCCAAUUGGGCAAUUUAUUUUACAAUGUAUGACCAGCUCAAGAGCUUUCUUUGUUCAAGUGAUCACAAACUCAGCGUUGGAGCUAACGUAUUGGCUGCUUCUGGAGCUGGAGCUGCAACUACCAUUGCCACAAAUCCUCUUUGGGUUGUCAAGACUAGACUUCAGACUCAAGGAAUGAGAGUGGGUAUAGUGCCAUACAAAAGCACACUGUCUGCUUUAAGGAGAAUAGCUUACGAGGAGGGAAUUCGUGGAUUGUACAGUGGUCUUGUGCCUGCACUAGCUGGUAUCAGUCAUGUUGCCAUUCAGUUUCCUACAUAUGAGAUGAUCAAAGUCUACUUGGCCAAGAAAGGUGAUAAAUCAGUCGAUAACCUCAAUGCUCGUGAUGUAGCAGUUGCCUCUUCGAUUGCAAAGAUAUUUGCAUCCACAUUAACUUACCCGCACGAGGUAGUACGAGCCAGGCUUCAAGAGCAAGGGCACCACAGUGAGAAACGUUACUCAGGAGUAAGAGAUUGCAUCAAGAAAGUGUUUGAGAAAGAUGGGUUCCCGGGUUUUUACAGAGGCUGCGCCACGAAUCUCCUGAGAACAACUCCUGCAGCAGUUAUAACUUUCACUAGCUUCGAAAUGGUGCAUCGUUUCCUCGUCACUCAUAUACCUUCUGAGCAAAGCUCUAUACUUUAAUCUGGUUUGUUUUUUUGAUGAUGACGAUUAAAAGUUACUUUACACA